AUGUCCAAAGCUACCAAUCUUACCCCUGAGCACACGAAAAUUCAUUUCUUUCGUGAUGAAUACAUGGAAGGUCUCUACAGAAGACCAGAGCCUUUAUUAACCGUUGAUUUCAAUCCGAGAACCAAUCGUCUCGUUACAGCAGGUAUUCAAACCGAUAUCAAAAUAUGGGAACUGUCCUAUUCCGAAGAAGAUUGUUUAUUCAAACUCAUUGCAACCAUGAAUCCAAUCUAUGAUAGUGCCAAAGUUGUAAAUAUUGCACGAUGGAGUCCAUGCGGAAAUUACAUUGCUACUGGUUGUGGAAGAGGAGCAGUAAUGAUUUGGAAGAAGAAAGGCUUGAUUUUAUCUCCGACAGAGAGUCUUAAGAAUGUUGCAUCAAGUGGUAACAAUAUUAAAGGAGAGAAUGAUGAUGAUACAGAUCUAUCCUUCCUGGAAAGUGAAGUAAAACCAACCGAAGAAUGGAUCAUUGUAAGAAAGUUCGGAAGUGAAGAAGGAGAAGAUGUUUGGGAUUUGAGUUGGUCCCAACCAUUAAUUGAUCACAAGACUGGAAAACCAACCUAUUUGUUAGCAACUACCUCCAUGGAUCGAAGAUUACGAGUGUAUCAACCAUUAGAGUCUCGUGAAAUGUUAUUUGAACAUGUUUCCGAGAUUCAUUCCUCUUUUGGUGGUAUUACAUGGGAUCCUCUAGGAUAUUAUUUGGCCAUUCAAUUGAGUACAGCGAAGAAGGUGUUAUUGUUUGGUUUGAAUCAAGAACGUUUCUCAAUUCUAGGUCCACAAAAGUCAACAUGUGGCACAAACAGCAACAACAACACAAUUGCUACGGCCAUUGCAAAUGAAUCAGAACAAGCGGCCAUGAUGACAUCACCAAAAAAGAAAAAGAAGAAUUCAACAACAUCAACACUUUUUGAAAAAGUUGGAACUAUUAAGAAGAGUGCAAAAGAUAAUAAGGAAUUAUUCCAAGGAGAUAAUUACACCAUGCAAUAUCGAUCGACUGUUUUGAAUAGUGUGAGAAGAUUAUCGUUUUCACCAGACGGCUCUUUUCUUUUCACAACGGCAGGUCUCUCUAACUCGCUUCACAUGUUCUACAGAAAUGUUUGGAAGAAACCAGCAAAAUGUAUUACUGGACUCACAUCCACAUGUCCCAUUGUAAGAUUUUCACCAAUUCUGUACAAGUCCAUCAAUGAGAAGUCUGUUCUUCCAUACAGAAUGAUGGCUUGUGCGUCAUCGAAAGACGAAAUUAUUAUUUUUGAUACAGAGAGCAAUAAUGCAUUGUUUAGAGCUCAAAGACUUUUCACACAACCCAUAACCGACUGCAGUUGGAGUAGUGAUGGUACUGUGUUAUUUAUUUCAUCUCAGGAAGGUUUGAUGGCAAUCAUGAGAUUUGACAAGGCUGAACUUGGAGAACCCUAUGACUUGUUUGUUGCAUCAACCUCAAACAAUGAGACCAACAGCAAGGAGAUGACUCCUCUCGAGCAACAUAUUGCCAGAAUCAGAGAAGUUCUAUCCCAAAGUGCCACAACACUACAAACCAUGAUGCAAUCUGGUGAAGAGAAGUCUUCAAAAGAUGAUGCAGAAGUUAAUGUUUUGGUGCCCAAGAAAAAAACAGCCAUUCCAGCAACCAACAAUUAG